GUUUCUACGAUUCAGAGGUCAGCAUUUCAAAUGAUAAGCACAUGAUGAUGCCCACGUUUCAUUCAGUGUUAGUUAAGACAAGGCAAUUUUGACAGAUUAGUAACUUCCAUCAUAUGUUGGUACUGGAAUUUCAUUAUUCACUAUCACUGAGUAUGGCGCUAUUUUAGCGUGUAUGUGAACCAAUCAGAUCUCCAAAUUGUUGUUACGUGAUUCAAUAGUCGAGGACAGCAGAAGAUCGCAAGUGACAAGUUGUGAAAGUGUUUCAGAGAGUAGAGUAGUUGUACAAGAAGGGAAUCACUAAGUAGCUUACGUUGAAUGGAUGUGUGCCUGUGUUUGCAUGUGCAGCUGUCAUUUUAAUUACGACAUAUCAUUAACUUUGUAAGCUAUAAAACGGUUGCAUUUGUCUACAUGACAAAAUGUCGGGACAAGGAACGCAACGAGUCCGAAAAUCUUCACCCAGCUCAUCAUCAAAGCAGGGUCCAAUGCGAGCAACAUUACCAAUGUCUUCGUUGUUACGACAGGGCAGUAAUUUAAGAAAAAGUAAAAGUAACAGCCCUACUCUGUCUCCAACGUCUGCUUGGAAAACUGUGAUUUCACCGGACGGUUCAUUAUCGGGUCAGAGAAGCCCAGGAUCGUUGAGUUACAAAGCAAAAUCAAAAACACUAAACGCUCGAUCUAGUAACAGUUUCAGUUGUAGCAAUGUGAUCCGUCGUACAGCCUCCUUGGAUACAAUUUAUCUGAAGGGACAGUGGCCAAGAGAGAAGAUUCCUAUGUACUGUGGGCGUUUACUGGUUGACAAAUCAACACAGACAGAGGAAUGGACAAGUGAACAAAGGAAGUCACAUCGGUAUCAAGACUCUAGUGGAAAUGAAGAUAAAUUGGAAAAGUAUAUUCGACAUAGGUUGCAGAGAUCAAACAAGGAAAGUCCCAGUAGCCGAGAGCGAACAGCUGCAUUUGGUCUGAUUCUUCAGUCCAUUGCCACGACACCGACGUCUACGUCCAUACCUCCAUCUGCUCUGAUUGUUCAAACUGGAGGUGAAUCGCAACACAGUGCAGUGUUCUUGCCAAGCACUGGCACAAACACCCCUUCUUCAUCUAGUUCUUCAGCCACUGCCAUAGGUGCUGGGACACCUCACUGUAAAGCAGUCCCAGUGAACAUUCCAGUGAAGCCAUUGGUGCCUCGACCUCCCAUGAGGAACUCGAUAGAAGGACUUAACCAGGAGAUAGAGAGGCUGGUGCUCAAAGCAGGUGGAGCUCAAGACACUGAAAGAGAAGAAGAGAAGUUCCAGACAUACCAGGCUACACCUGAGGGCCACCGUGCACCUCUGGCUGAUCUUCUUAGGUCCACUCGCUCAGUCAAUACUCAGACACCAGCUGGAGGAGAUUUCACUGGAAGCUCACAGUCUUCAGGNNNUCCAUCUCGUGAAUCAGUUUCCCCUCUCAUUCCUGGUGUAAUGGAUAUUUCUAGACCUCCAAGUGAUCUACAGGGUGGCAGCAGGGGGUCUUCUCCUGACCAAGAGACUGGCAAACUGGGGACUUCACCGCACAUUAACAAGUUCCUUGCCAGGGAGCCACCUGAUGGAUGUGAAAAGGUUAAUUUAAAGUUUGUGGAGGACACCAGGAGACCAAUGAUAGACUUGAGCAAAUUGGACUACUGCCCUUUGAAGCCUUGUGUGGCAUUUCAGUUAAAACCAAGUCUUGGGUCAGCAUUCCUCCCACUUCAGCAAACAACCCGGAUGAUGAUGGACGAAGCCAGUGGGACGACUAAUGGAGGGGUGAGUUGCACCUCUGCAGCUGUUGACACUCCCAGUAGUAAUAAUGUACAACUGAUACCACCGUUAGUGCCACAACUUCAGGGAACGGGCGUCAACAAUUCUGCCACCCACACACCCACCCACUGCAGCACUGACCACAAUAAUGACCAUGCAGGGAUAUAAUAGUAAUCAUUUAUAACCAAUUAUCAUAAAGUACUGUUCUAUUGCUGGAUGUGUCUUUCCUAUUCUAGCUUCGUUCGCUUCUUGAUAUGAAAUUAUGUCUUAGUGUGUUACAAAGGCAACAUAGUUUCCCUUUUAAAAUUGUUUUUACUGUUCAAAUGAAAUGCACCAAGACCACCUUAGCAAUCUGAUUUUGCACAGUUCACGUGGUAUUCUGUAGACUUCCGUACCUUCACCUCCGUGUCACUUUUCAUAAUGUGUAAUACUAGAUCUGAUGGCCGUGUUCGUAGAAAUUAGCACAUACUGGAGAAAUAACAGAAAAGUGUGAGAACACGAAAGCUAGAAUGUAAAGAGACUUUCAGCAGUUAUAAAUACUAAAUUGUUUAUUUCAUUUCUGAUUACAGAAUUGACAAAACAGUAGUCCAGAUGCAUUCAUGUUUACAGAUAACGUCAUUGUGCUUAACCCUCACAUGACACAAGCUGAUUAUUCUCAUUUCCAGACACAGUAUGCUCUGUGAAUGUUGCGAAACGCGCUGCAUAACAUUACAGUUCUUCUUCCUCUCAAACUUGUUUUGUGUCAGCUUUGUUUCAGUAUGUUUUAAGUGUAUUAUCCUUAACAGUUUACAUAUUGAAUGUCAUAUUAAUGCAUUUGUUGUAGACAGUGAAAGUUAUUCUUCUUUGUACAUCGGUGAUAAAAAAGACUUACGGGAUAAUUUGGCAUUAGAUGCCAUAUAAUAUAAAAUGGUAACUCAGCCAUAAAUUCAAAGCCAAAACAGAAUAUAUAUAAAAUAUAUUUUAUUUAGUAUUGAUUAUUUUAUUUACUAACAAGUUUGCUAGAUUUUCCUGAGGUCAGCAACCAGUAUUGUAAUAAAUAGGAUUAAUUUACUGGUGGAUUUCUUGUGCUGCCAGGUUCCAGAUUCUCCUGUUUCCCUUAAUUUUAUAUUCCAGUAAUACACAGGUCUUUUCCUUCCUGUUUUGUGACCACUAUUGGUGCAGCUAGGUGAGGGGUGUUUUUUAAGGAGAGCCUAGCUGUUGGCUGAGCUGGGAUAUUAUAAGCAAAGUAUUUUACAAAAUAUAAAGUACAGCAGACUCCUGAUCGUCAGUGGCAGAUUAACUUGGUUGCAGAUUUACUGGAGUCUGCCUAGUUUAAACUGAAUUAAAAAAAAUUAAUUUAGGAAAUCUGUUGUAAAAGUUAGAACUUUUAAAAAGAAAAUAAUAAAGUGAUUUUAUUUAACAUAUUAACAUAAAUCAGUUGUUAAAACCUGAAUUUUAUGACAGAACAUUAUUGCUAUUUGUUGAAAUCCUUUUUGAUGGUUGGUAUGUUCUGUAUUAAAUUUUAUAUAAAAUCCUUUCUGUUAUUAGUAAAUCUUUAAAAAUGCAAGUAGUGUAUAUCUGUAAAUAAACUUACGUAUCUGUUACAUUAGCUUGUUUUGCUUUUAUUUUUGUGGAUUAUCUGAGGUUCUGAUUAUCCAGGAAAAUAUAUGUUCCAAUCAAUGUAGAUAAUCAGGAGUCUACUGUAUACUGAAUGGUUUAGAAGCAUAUAAUAUAUAAAUAGUGAUGACUGGAAAGGGAGGCGACAAGGAGCUGGGUUAUGAGUUAGCAGUCAUUACUUGAAAUUGAAAGUAAAAAUAACCAGUAUGGUAAUUGCUUAAUAGAAUAAGUUUAUGUGUUAAUUUGUUAUUGCUAGUGUUUUAACAGCAGUUAGGAUUUAACUUCAAAUGGAGGGUAACUCUGUAACUGGUCAAAAGGCGUGGAGUGAAGUUUAGGAAUUGUACGCAGUCAUUUCAGGUCGAGGAAAAUGCAGUUUGCAGCACAUAUUUUGGUACCUGAACAAAGAACAGACUCUGAAUAUUUCACUUUCUAUUUCUUGUAUGAUACUGGUAACUCAAUUUCCCAGAUACACAAUCCUCAACAUUUGCCACAUGUUUUUGUGUAGCUCAGUUUUCUUUAUUUACCUGUAACAGAAUCAGGAUGGAAAUGGAUCAAGUACAAAAGUUCUUAUAAGGCUGAUUGUUUGCAUUUGUAUGGCAGUACAGUACAUGUGUAAAGUAAAUGAUUACUGAACCCAAGAAUAUGGAUUCUUUUAGAACCUGAAGAUGCUGUCAGGGUGUUUGUUAAUAUGUAUUUUAUCAUCCAUAGACCAUGGUUGGUGUGUUUGUUGUGAUUGCCAUUUGCUCCCCCCCCCCCCAAAUGUUGUAUGUAAACAAAGAGAAAGGCUGUAAAUUCAGUACUUUGUGGCUUUUCUGUUUUUAGGUUGGAAAUGAAAUUUUGAGAACUGUUCUCAAGCUUGGAUAUUUGGGUACAGUAUCGAAACACUCUUGUCUGAUUUCAUGAGCUGUGAGUUGCAAGAAAAUUGUUUAGACCUCAUUAUUCAUGAUUUAUGUGUAGUGUGGAUAAGCCACUUAGUCAUGUCUUGCAAUAGGUAAAGUAUGAAAUUCUAUUUGCAGUUAUUUCUGUUUGUAGCCUGUAUCUUAAACUUGCAACUUGCAUUCUUCACUUUUAUAGAAAAGAAUGUUUUUUUAUUCACAGAUUCUUCAUAUGGCUCUUGCCUGUAAUGAAAAUCAUAAAGCCAGUAAAAUUACCUGUCAGUACAAAACCGUUUGUUUCUUGUAGGAAAUAAGAUGUAUAGAGUGGCAAAUGGCCGUGAUCAUAUAUAGCCAUUUUUAUAAGGAAAAAUUUAAAAUAACGGGACAAAGCUUUGGAAAUGUAUAUGGCACUUCAAAUGUAGUUGGUUUGGAAAUUAACUCACACCUCAUGGGUUUAAGACUCAAUAAGGGGGAUUUCCCUAUCAUAAUAACAAUAGCCUUUGUGUUUCAUAGGCGUUUUACAUGAGUACAUUAAAGAACAGUAUAAUUCCUCUUGACUCGGACUCAGCUCUUAACUGCCCUUGCUUCUUCGUUGGAAUAACAUGAUUUUUUAAUCAUCUGGGAAGGCAUUUAUCAGUUAUUGUUCAUAGUAAAUACUGAAGUAAAAAAUUACUCCAAGCCUUAAGUUAUUUCUUCUUUGGAAAUAAAACAUUAGUCAUUGCUGUUGAAAUUUUGCAGCUCUGUUAAUUAUAAUGCUUGAAGUUGUCAACUAAACAAUAAGAAACUUAAAAGUAGUGGGCCCUCACAAAGAAUAUAGUUUCCCUUUUCCGUCCCUUAUCCGAUCAAUUAUAUAAAUGUAAAUUUAAAAAAUGUACAAGAAAGAGAAAAAGGAAUCCCUUGAUAACACUUAGAGCAAGCGUAAAACAAAAAUCCUUUGAUUUUUACUCUUAAUCUUUGCAGGAUUUAACUUUAUGUUAAUAAAGGAAAGUACUACAUUGUAAAA